GCGAAGAGGCAGCCCGCGGCCGGACAGAAGCAUGGUGGAUGUGGAGGCGGCGGCAGGAAGAACCCCGGCGGAGAUCCGCGGCAGCCUGGCAAGGUUUUUCUGGUCUUCCAAUAACCAUUUAUACUCCUGGCAAAUGAAAGCGUCUUCAACAAUAUGAGAAAUGAGUGUUGGACGCAGAAGAUUAAAGCUGCUGGGAAUUCUGAUGAUGGUAAACAUUUUUAUUUAUGUGAUUGUGGAAGUCUCAAAAAGUGGCAGCCAAGAGAAGAAUGCAAAAGGCCGUGUUAUUAUACCACGCAGCAAAUUCUGGAGAAAAUAUACUCCUCACAAAGCUUAUUGGAACAAACAGCAACAGAAGCUUGAACUGCUGUACAACCCUAUUCUGACCUUGCUUUCCAAUAUGACUGUGGAAGAGAACUUAGUUUCUAACUCGAGUGUUCUCAGUUCCUGUGACCCUGACCCGUGGGUACCUUCAGAGGUUAGUGACUUUGCAAACUUGCCAGACAGAUUCAAAGACUUUCUACUUUAUUUGAGAUGUAGAAAUUAUUCAUUAUUAAUGGAUCAGCCAAACAAGUGCAAACAUAAACCUUUUCUGCUUCUGGCUAUUAAGUCACUUACACCCCAUUUUGAUAGAAGGCAAGCAAUUAGGGAAUCCUGGGGCAAGGAAAUAGAAUCAGGGGAUGUGACAGUCAAAAGGGUCUUCUUACUUGGACAGACCCCACCAGAGGAUAAUUUCCCUGAUCUUUCAAACAUGAUAAAAUUUGAGAGUGAAACCCACCAAGACAUUCUCCUCUGGAACUACAGAGACACUUUCUUCAAUUUAACUCUGAAAGAGGUGCUUUUUCUUAAGUGGGUCAGCAGCAGUUGCGCAGAUGUCCAGUUUAUUUUUAAGGGUGAUGAUGAUGUUUUUGUGAAUACCCAUCAGAUCCUGGAUUACUUGAAGAGCUUAUCAAAGGACAAAGCCAAAGACUUAUUUGUAGGCGAUGUGAUCAAAGAUGCUGGACCUCAUAGAGAAAAAAAAUUGAAGUACUACAUCCCAGAAAGUGUUUAUGAAGGUUCGUAUCCUCCAUAUGCAGGAGGCGGUGGGUUUCUGUACUCUGGUGAUCUGGCAUUAAGACUGAAUAAUGCAUCUGACCAGGUACUCCUUUACCCUAUUGAUGAUGUUUAUACUGGAAUGUGCCUUCAGAAGCUUGGGCUUGCUCCGGAAAAACACAAAGGCUUCAAAACAUUUGAUAUUGAAGAGAAAUACAGAAAUAACAUAUGUUCCUACACAAACUUAAUGUUAGUACAUAGUAGAAAACCUCAAGAAAUGAUUAAGAUUUGGACACGCUUGCAAGAUCCACACUUAAAUUGUUAAAGUAAUGUGCAUAAGUGUCUUAAGUCCAAAUAACUUUCCAAGUUUGGGUCUGGCUUUCUUGGUGGACCAUUGAAGCUCUGUUUAAUAGUUUGAUUUUCUCUGGAAACUUUUUCCUGUAAUUUUGAAAAUGAGAAUAAUACUAAAAUUUGAGGGGAUGGCUUGAAGACUUGGUCCUGACUUUUCCACUGUCCUGGUGGUCAUUAUGUUUCAAUAUUUGUCUUAAAUUAAUUUUAAAAAGGACUUCAAGGAUCUAAGUAGCUGUCAGUGACUGGUUAGCUGUAUUGGAAACGGAUUGCCUACUACAAUGCAUCUUUCAUUAAUUGUGAUGGUGGAAGAUAAUUUUUCCUUGAGUAGUGUUUGUGUGUGGGUGUAUGGAAACCACUGUAAAUUGAAAAUUCACAAAUUGGAGGAAUGUAGUUUUACUUCAAGUAUGAAACACUCUUAUGAGACUUUAACUAUUGAAUUUUUUUAAUUUAUAAUUUUCAGUCUUUUUGCACCCCGGAGCAGUAUUUUCUCCUUUACUUACGAUCUUUUGUGCAAAGUGUGCCUGUGUCUGAAGGAUUUACCCUUUUAUUAGAUGAUGCUUUUUUUUACCAAAAAAAAAAAAAAAAAAAGGCAUAAUACUGUUUGAAACACCCCAUAAAAGUGCUGAAUAUAUAAGGAAAAGGAAGAACAGAUUUUGUUUGGGGCUGGGCAGUAGAUACAGUUAGGUCUGCCCCAAGCUUACAUGAGGUAAAGCUGACUUUUGUUGCUCCUGUUAUUUAUGUGAAAAGCUACUCUGGUCAGUCCUUGUUUUCUGUUUUGGCACUAAAUGUGAUCAGGUAGCUUGAUUUAAUGCAAAUAGCUGAAAUUGCACAUUGCUUAUGAGAGCAUGGUUUGGAUCUCCUAUAAAGCGGUAGCAAAUCUAGAAUUGUGCAGAUCCUAAGAAUUUCAGAUUUUGAAACAAACAAACUUUGAAGUUGCAUGAUGUCUCAUGUAGAGUUAAACAUGUUCUCAAAACUUGGAUCUUCUUCUGUAUUUCCACAUCUUGCUUAUAACAGUUAUUCUAAAUAGCGGUUGCUUCCUUUGUAUAUGUAGAAGUGCCUGUUUAUUUAUUGUUCAGAUUGAAGACCAAAACAUUUUCUUAAAUAUAUUUUGUGUAACAUUUUAUUUGUAUAGUGUUGUCACUCAGAUAUUUAAAUAGAGCAUGAUAUUUUAAAUCCGUGAGAUGUGUAACAUGUUAAAUAAAGCUAAUUGUUAUUUUUGAAUUAGAAGAAUAAAAUGUGAUUUAAAUA